AUGGCAAUGGCAAUGGAGCUUCCCACUCGGCCAAACCUGGAAGUGUCUCGCCCCAUGCAGGCACAUGGCGCCGCCAAAGCGACCAGUAGCCCGAUGGUCUCAACAUCCAGGAUUUCCGCCGUGCUGGCUGUGGCUGGCUUGGCACGCUGCGGUGUGCAGCGACGUGCCACAGCUGUGAAGAAGAAGGGUGUUCGCGUGGUGGAGGGAAAGGAGAUCCCGUGGAACCUCUUCAGCCCGAAGGCUCCGUACCAGGGCAGCUGCAUCAGCAAGGAGACCAUCACCAGCAAGACGCCACUGGUGAACUGGGAAACCUGCCACGUGAUCAUGGACCACGGUGGUAAGGUGCCAUACAUCGAGGGCCAAUCCAUUGGAAUCAUCGCCCCUGGUCCUGACAAGAAGGGCGAGACUCCUGCGAAGAUUCGUUUGUACUCCAUUGCAUCCUCAGCACCGGGGGAUGACGAGACCAGCAAGACUGUGUCUUUGGUGGUGAAACGAGUUCUUGAGGUCUCGGGCAAGGGCUGGUGCGAAUACUCCAAUGUGCCCAAGGGUAAGGACCCUGAAUUCCCAGAUGCCGAGAAAGUCUACCGUGGCGUGUGCUCGAGUCACGUUUGUGACUUGAAUGCUGGAGAUGAUGUGAUGAUCACCGGCCCCACCGGUGCUGAAAUGCUACUGCCAGAGGACCCUGAGGCCAACAUGAUUUUCAUGGCCACAGGCACCGGCAUUGCUCCAUUCCGCUCUCACUUGCGCUAUCUCUUCCAUGACAAGGCCACCAAGGGCAAGUUCAAGGGCGUGGCGUGGAUGUUCCUCGGUGUGCCUUACUCAGAGUCCUUGCUCUACGACGAGGAGUGGAAGGAGAUGCAGGCUGAGUUCCCCGACCAGUUCCGAUACGACUACGCCAUCUCCGGAGAGGAGAAGAGCGAGAAAAACAAGAUCAACGGUGAGAUGUGGGUGCAGCACAAGAUGAUGCAGUACACCGAUGACCUGUGGAAGUUGGUCAAGGAUCCCAAGACUCACGUGUACAUGUGCGGCCUCAAGGGCAUGGAAAGCGGCUUUGCGGAGUGCUUCCAGGAGCGCGUUGAGGCUGAAGGCAUGGACUAUGCAGAAUUCUUGAAGAAGAUGAAGAAGGAUAAGCGCUUGGCCACGGUUCCAGAGCGGCGCCGAGACCCCAGGGACAGCAGUGUGAAGAUGGUGGUUGCAGGUGCGGCAGCUGCCAUCGCAGCAGGCUCUGUGUCCCAGGCCUUUGUUGCGUCGCCUGCUCCGCGAGCGGCCCCAAUCCAAGCAGAGGCACUUCUGCAAUCGAGGAGUGGUCCUUCCUCCCGGGGUUCAAACUUCGGUGCUGCUGCCCUCACCGUUGGUGCUGUUGCUGCUGUGGGUGGCCGUGGGUUGUUAUUGCAGCGACGUGCCACGGCCGUGAAGAAGAAGGGCGUGCGUGUGGUCGAGGGCAAGGAGAUCCCGUGGAACCUCUUCAGCCCGAAGGCUCCGUACCAGGGCAGCUGCAUCAGCAAGGAGACCAUCACCAGCAAGACGCCACUGGUGAACUGGGAAACCUGCCACGUGAUCAUGGACCACGGUGGUAAGGUGCCAUACAUCGAGGGCCAAUCCAUUGGAAUCAUCGCCCCUGGUCCUGACAAGAAGGGCGAGACUCCUGCGAAGAUUCGUUUGUACUCCAUUGCAUCCUCAGCACCGGGGGAUGACGAGACCAGCAAGACUGUGUCUUUGGUGGUGAAACGAGUUCUUGAGGUCUCGGGCAAGGGCUGGUGCGAAUACUCCAAUGUGCCCAAGGGUAAGGACCCUGAAUUCCCAGAUGCCGAGAAAGUCUACCGUGGCGUGUGCUCGAGUCACGUUUGUGACUUGAAUGCUGGAGAUGAUGUGAUGAUCACCGGCCCCACCGGUGCUGAAAUGCUACUGCCAGAGGACCCUGAGGCCAACAUGAUUUUCAUGGCCACAGGCACCGGCAUUGCUCCAUUCCGCUCUCACUUGCGCUAUCUCUUCCAUGACAAGGCCACCAAGGGCAAGUUCAAGGGCGUGGCGUGGAUGUUCCUCGGUGUGCCUUACUCAGAGUCCUUGCUCUACGACGAGGAGUGGAAGGAGAUGCAGGCUGAGUUCCCCGACCAGUUCCGAUACGACUACGCCAUCUCCGGAGAGGAGAAGAGCGAGAAAAACAAGAUCAACGGUGAGAUGUGGGUGCAGCACAAGAUGAUGCAGUACACCGAUGACCUGUGGGAGUUGGUCAAGGAUCCCAAGACUCAUGUGUACAUGUGCGGCCUCAAGGGCAUGGAAAGCGGCUUUGCGGAGUGCUUCCAGGAGCGCGUUGAGGCAGAAGGCAUGGACUUCUCCCAGGAGUUCUUGAAGAAGAUGAAGAAGGACAAGCGCCAUUUGGCAUCGGAUAUCUUGGGAUAUCUUGGGAUGAUCACGGAAUGUGGGCGGGGGGUUGAAGCUGCUGGAACCGUCUCAGUACUUGCGGAUUGGCCUCCGUGCUUAGCGCUUCAGCUGGUUUUCAAGUUGAAUUCAAAUCAGAAGCCGAUCCUGAGUGCUGCAAGCGAUACUUUGGCAGCAGAAACCCCUGAAGAGGGAUGCUUACAGAGAUUCUUGGCCGACAUCCUGGGGAAGGAUGCCGUAGCCGCAGCAGCAGCCUGUGGCAUCAUCGCCGCGAUGCAAGCUCUGCGCGGCCCUCCAGGUGAAGUCGUGUCCCUGACCUUGGCGAUGGACGGAGAAAUUUGGCGGCUGCUGAAGGAGCGACAUCCCAAGACGAUUCUAGGAGUUACAGAUGAACGGUAUCAGCUCCCACCAUUCAUCGCCAAGGCAGUGUGGAGCCAAUUGGGUGAUGCCUUGAGAGACUGCGAGUUCCCUGUGAUGCAUCGAAUUCCUGGGGAGCGCUUCAUCACUUUGCGCCUGGACGGCAGUGGCUUCUCCAAGUUGACCAAACGUCUAAGCAGCUCAGGUGCAUUCUCCGAGGGCUAUUCAGGCGAGUUCGCACAGCUGAUGCGAGAAUGCUGCCAGUCAUUGAUGGUGAAGUUCAGUGCCAUUUGUGGCUAUACUCAGUCGGAUGAGAUGACCUUGGUCAUCUCACCUGCCAGCGUCGUGCGAGGGGAACAGCAAUGCCAUUCGCAUGGCGGACGCGUUGUGAAGCUCUGCACGCUGGCCGCGGCGCAUGUCACUGCUCUCUUCAACUUCCGAUUGCAAGCUUUGUUUGCAAGGAGAGGCCUGCAGAUGGAAGAUCAGCACUUGGCCAAUUUCGACUGCAGAUUGGGAACUUUCGCCACAUUAGAAGAGGCUAUGUCCCUAGUGCUGUGGAGAGCUGCAGACUGCGGUGUGAACGGUGUGUCAGAUGCCGUUUACAAAUCAAAGCUGCCUGGUGCGAAGAGCACAAUGCGUGCUGGCACCAGCGACAAGCUCAAGUGGUUAGCCGAAAAUGGACUCCUGCCUUUGCAGCCGCAUCAGGCAUACGGCUCGUACUUUGUGAAAGUGCGGCGCCUACAUGAAGGCUUCAACCCCAAAACGGGAGAGACCUCUUCGAGCUUGCGCUCAACCAUUGAGGAGGUCUCAAAUGUGAACCUUCUGCGCUUGGCAGCCAAGGAUGGCUUGUUCCCGCCAGAUGAUGUGGAAACUGCCUAG